UUUUUCUUGAGUCGUUCCUUCCUUGAUGGAUCCUCAUCUGAGCAAAAGGGCAUAAUAGCUAGGUCGUUGCCUUAGAGGUGUGCUGCAUAUCUUGAUUGGCUCCUUCCUUUUUUAUAAGGUCGGCGGGGUUUAGGUCCAGCGACGCUUAAAGCACUAAGUAGAGAAGCCGGUUAGUUUUCACCUCUAUACUCUAGGUCUAUCCCUUCAUGCAAUAGCUAGGUCGUUUUCGCUGAGGAAUUGAAAAUCAAGGUCUUCAUGAUGGAAGAAUGACAAAGGCUGCGUCUGCUGUUGAAAAGCAAAACUAACGGUUACUCCAAAGAAGCAAUAUUGCCAACGAAAUAUCGAGCAGCGGCGGAGACUAAUAUCUCGCGUGAUGUGUGUCCGGCGCUUAGGCCUUCUUUUGGGCGUGUUGAUUUCUGUUGUAGAACUACUGGUCCUAUCGGCUGCAAAAAAAGGGAACAAGAGACCCACUUAUUACACCCAGCAUCAGCAGCCAGCUAAACGACGGGAAUGUACAUCUUUUAUUCGCGCAUUUGAUUAGACUAUUGAGUUAGAAGUUAGAUUUUGCAUCGAAAUCGGGAAAACUCACUUGCUAACGACUGUCAAGACCCUUGGACGACGGGUUGCUGGUGCAGCUACAAAAAUCAAUGGUGCCACCACAGGUUCGCGGGCACCCCCCUGUAACGAGAUUCAUCCCGACGAGAGUGAAGAUUGCGUUGAUAAAUGUGUAAGUCCAUUUUGUCACCAGCAGGUCUACGGUGGAGACGCUGCCCUUGAACCAGGGGAAGUCGACCCUCAAAAGCGAUCGCAGUACAAUACUUGUGUGCUCGAAAGGACCAAUGCAAAUGAAGAACUCUGACGUUGCAGUGUCAUCGGGAUAGCAAAAUUUUUGAAUUGCAGCAGACCCACGACUCUUCAAUUUUCCGACUAGCGGUACCGACUUACGCAGAUCUCUCACUGCCCUGUCCAAAAUUUAAAGAAGAAAGGCAGCGAGCCAUUCC